UCAAUUUUAUGCUCGUGAGUUGUUUUCCCCACAUAACCUGGACAGCAAAUAUUGUGCACAUUUAGUCUCGUAGACACGUAUUGCUAUUUUGUUAUAUUUGUCUUACGGUCAAAACAAAAAACGGCAUUGUGAGAAGGGUCUCGUAAGGUUAGCACGACAGCGGGGAGUUCCAAGUCAACAGCGAGGCUACGUUGCUCUUCUCCAAGUGGACUGUUAGCACACAGGCUAACUGGCGAAUUUGCUGUCAAAUUGGGUCCAGGCAGGACGGAGACGACAUGUCCUGCGGUUUAUUGGAGUUUUGUCGUCUCCAAGAGCUCAAGGCGGUCAGGGAUUAUUUGUUCCACGAUCAAACUGAGCCAGCGGAGAAGAAUCAAACAGUCGCAGAAAAUGAACUAUCGUGGGACACCUCUGACUGGGAAACAGCUUGGGAAAGCGACAAGAGCAAAGAGCAAGAAGCCACAUCGGCCUCAUCGGUGGAGGAAACCACAGAGCUUAGUGGACUCUGGCUUCAGGAUUGCAUCGUAUCCCUGUCCCCCUGCUCAGACCUGCUAGUGGUGGCUCGUGAACAAAAGGCUGUCUUUCUCUCAGCUAAGUGGCGAACAGAUGGUGGUGGCAGAGAAGAGAUGACCCUGGCUGUGUCUUGGAGUGGAAUACUCAGCACUGAAGAAGGAGAGUGUGUGAGCAGCACCAUCUGUAUACCACUGGCAAGCCAGAAAAGGAGCUCCACUGGGCGACCUGACUGGACAUGUGUUGUUGUGGGUUUCACUUCUGGCCAUGUCCGGUUCUACACAGAGAAUGGGGUUCUGCUCCUGGCCCAAUUGCUUCACGAGGACCAAGUUUUAAGGCUAAAGUGUCGCACAUAUGAGAUCCCUCGCCAUCCUGGUGUUACUGAGCAGCAUGAAGAGAUAAGCAUCCUUUACCCUGCUGCACUGGUCACCAUAGAUGGUUUCAGCCUCUUCCAGUCCCUACGCGCUUGCCGGAACCAGGUUGCAAGAGCGGCAGCUGCUGGUAGUGAUGUGAUUCAGCCUCCUCCCCUGGCCUAUAAGAAGUGGGCUCUCCAGGACAUGGACACUAUUGUAGACCACUGUAGUGUGGGUGUCAUGACACUCAAUGUGUUUGAUCAGAUGAAGAAUGCCUCUGUUUUGGGGGGAUUUAAUGCUUCGGUCAAAGGCAGCCCUCCUGCCAUGAGCCAGUACGUCACUGUAGGAGGGGGCCCAUACACUGGCUUUUACUAUGCGGUAGAGGGAAGCAGCCAGCCUCUUCUCUCUCAUGUGGCUCUCGCUGUGGCCAGUAAACUUACAUCAGCCCUCUUCAGUGCUGCCAGUGGAUGGCUGGGAUGGAGCAAGAACAAGAACGAAGAUGAGACUGUCCAGAAACACAGGUCCAAGGUGGAGCCUGCAACACCCCUGGGGAUCAGAUUUGGUCUCCCAGACUCUCGCCGCCAUGGUGAGUCCAUUUGCCUGUCCCCUUGUAACACGCUGGCCGGAGUAACUGAUGACUUUGGUCGAGUCACACUGCUGGACCUAAACAGAGGAAUUGCAAUUCGCAUGUGGAAAGGUUACAGAGAUGCCCAGCUGGGUUGGCUGCAUGUUCCAGAGGAUCGAGUCAGUCGGGAAUGUUCCGCCUCAUCUUCCCUCACCAGACGCCAUGCGCUGUUUUUGGUUAUUUACGCUCCUCGCAGAGGGAUCCUAGAGAUAUGGGCGAUGCAAUAUGGACCUCGAGUGGGUGCAUUCACUGUCGGGAAACACUGCAGGUUGCUGUAUGCUGGUUACCGUCUGUUAGGGGUGAACCGUGUGACCAGUCAGGGCUGGAAGAUCCACACCCAUCAAGUAUGUUUGCUGGAUCCCGUCACAGGAGCCCUAAGGACUGUGAAUGUUCCCUUCCACCUGGCCCUCAGCGACAAGAAGAGUGAAGGAGCCAAAGAUAUGCAUUUGUUAAAGAAAGUGACAACAAUACUCAAGAACAGAGAUAUGGAGCCUGAUAUUUUGGAGAGUGAGGCCAAAGGCAUGCUGCUGGAUAUCAAAAACUCCUCCAUUCAAAAACAAGCUUUAGAGUCUUUGCUGUCCAACAAGAACAUCCCUGUUUUGUGUCUCACAAACAUCACAUGCACCUUACUCAGCGCUCUGCAACAGCAAGGCGCUGAACAAGUGGAUCCAGUGUUAAUGCAGUUCUGCUCCUCCAAGCUGAAAUUGCUUCAGCUCUACACUGACAUCCACCACGUGAACUCUGGUGCUGACACUGAGGAGCACGACGAAGCUCUGGAUGGCCUUGAUGGCAUUGAGGGUGAAUUGGCACGUGUAAGUCCUACCUUGCAACGCUACGCCAAGCUCAACUCGAGGCCCAGCGUUUCUUUUGUCCAAGACGCACCAGACGCACCCCUGCCUGCCCAGGCCUUCGUAUCCCAGAUUGAAUGCACAGAGGAUGGGCAGUUAAAGCUUAUCCACCGUUCUGAAGUAGAAUGGAACCAGUUAGGGAGCUUUAUCUUCUGGGGCUGUCUAUGUGGUCAAAGCUCACCACAUAAAAUUUGUGACAAACUACAACAGGCUGGCAUCAGUCCAUCGCAGCUACUAACUCUCUUGCUGAGUAUGUGGUUGCAACGAGAAAAGGAGUUGCUCCAGACCCCGACUGAAUGUUUUAAAAACCUUCACGCAUUACUGGUCCUCCUCAGCAACAUGGAAGGUGCCAUAGAAGACUCGUGGGACCCCCAGUCUGUCUCACCCUGGUGGCAGCAGGGCCGCAACAUAUUAGUACAGUCACAAAACUCUGCAGCUGCUCUGUUGGCUGCUUUUGUUUCUCAUCGUGUUGCCAUGGCCAGCAUCACCAGCAGGGCAGACAGCAAGUUACAGUCAGAGUGGGAAGCAGUGUCUUUGGAGCUGGAGCAGUGGGUGGUGUGUGUUCGUCAGCUGGAGGAUGUUCUAGUGCUGCAGACGCUACUCUUGGUGCCACCGAUUGUUGGAUCGGCAGGAGGCCCUGUGGCGCUGUGCUCCAUAAAAACACUGCUGGAGGGCGGCUCAGGUGGCAUCACCGACAAUGUCUCCAAGUGGGUGUUCAGGCACAACCUGGCCCCCGAGCAACUAAAAGAAAUAAUUCAGAAGAGUGAAGAUAAAGAUGAAGAUAAAACGUUAGGCGAGGGGGCAGGCGAAGAUGUCAAAGUGUUAAAAAGUCAAGAGAAUUCAGAUGGAACAGCAGAGAUGUUGGUGGCUAUGUGCAAGCGCUUCCCACACUCCCUCUCCCCAAACUUGCUCUUUGCACAUUGCUGCUGGGAGUAUGUGGUGCAAUGGAACAAAGACCCAGAGGAGGCUGCACACUUGUGCCGGGCCAUGGAGCAUCUGAAGCUGGUCUCCAGUCCACAUAUCCAACUCGGUAUUUGCACAAUGAUGUGGAGUACGUUUAUUGUCAAACGUUUCUCUGCAGCAGCCUUCCUGAUUGAGAAGGUGGGCAAAGCACCCAAAGAUCGCUUGUGCCGACGGGAUGUAGGAAUGGGAGACAAAGCUUUGACUUCCUUCUUGGUUUGCUGCGUCCGGCUGCUGCAAAUCCUCAUGGAGGUGACUGGACUCUUGGUUAAGAAUCAGUGCCCAUUGUCUUUUGUCAACUACCUUGCGGACUCUGCGGUAGCUGAGGUCCCGCCCCCAGAGCUGUCUGUGGAAGAAGUGUGGUGCGGAGCCGAGGGCCCGGCCUCGAUAGCUGAACUGGCCCUGGAGCAGAAAGGUGUUCACUAUCCCCUGGUGCAGCACCACUGUCUGCUAGCCUCCCUGCUACACGCCGCAUUGACUUUCAGCCUGAAGGUGAAACCUCUCAGCCUGUUCGACAGCAAGGGUAAAAAUGCUUUCUUCAGAGACCUGACCACCAUUCAGCUAAUGCCAAGCGGAGACAUGGACCCAGGACUGGUCCUACUACGACAAGAGUUCCUUCUGCGGGUGUUAACGUCCUGGGUGCAGUGUAUCGACGAUCCGUCUGACUCUGCCUCCAGCACCAGGCCCCGGACGCUGCCCGCGUGUGGCACCCAGGCUGAGUGGUGGCCCUCGCUGUGCCUCGAGCUAGGCAGCCUACUGCAGGUCUCCCCCGACAUCCUGCGACGACACCUGGUGUGCCAGCUCUAUAACCAGGGCCUGGACCUUCACGCAGAGGAGGUGAUGUUAGAAGUUGAAGACAAGGACGUGCUGGGCUCUCAGCUGCUGUUGAUCACAGGCCAAAGGCUGAGCUACUCACUGCUGCACAGCCAGAGCCAGACACAGCCUGCUAUGGAGCUACUGGCCCGCCUGCCCCCCACCCUCUGCACAUGGCUCAAGGCUAUGGACCCCAGUGAGCUGCGAUGCCCCCUGGUGCCCCUGCCUCAGACCAGUAGGCUGGUGGGCCACUUGAUCGAGAUGCUUCCAGAGAACCACGCCCAGUACAGCCUGGCACUGCACCUUUUGGAGGCAGUGGAUGCCCUGACAGCGGAGGACUGACUCAGCAAAUUAUGUUGACAGUUUAGUAUGUGAACAAACAUAUCAUGCAUGAGCUCCUAAAGUUAUGUAAACAAAGACCAUAUUUCCCUUAGACAGUGGAACCUCGAUAGAACGGACUAAUAGCAGAGGGGAGUAGUCCUAUACAUUACGUUACAUUUAACCUUUUUUUUUUUAGGCCAUAUUCACCCAUAUCACUGUACAGUAAAACAUUUUUUUUGUGGCCUGAAACACAGUACAGUAUAAAGUUAUUGCAAAAAAAAAAAGCUUAAAUGUUUUCAAAGUUUCACGUGUUAUCCAAACUUACCACACCGGUGUGCUUGGUCAUGGUGGCAUUGCUGACGUAUAGUACUCAUCAUAAGCAAGUUGGAUUCAUGAGCCGUGAGGAAUUAGUGUGCUUCCUAGUUCCAAAUCUGUUUCCAAAGGUGAACGGCUUGGCAAAAAAUUUUACUGUACCAAAAAUAGCAUGUUUCAGACUCCAAAGACUUGUUUUGUAUUCCUCAGAGGUACCACUGCAGCUAUGCUGCUCUCUAUGUACAAUAGAUGGAACCAUCAUAACAUGGUUGCCACGUUAAUGCCCCACAUUCAACAUGGCCGUCACGUAGGCACAUGAGAUGUCUUUUGGAAUUGUAUCUCGUCAUAUCGUAUAUCUGUGACCCAGAAAUAUGUCAGUCCCAUUCUUUGCCUGCAUUGUGCCACAGCGCCAGUAAAUAACAGCCAUCAAUUCAGGAACAAACAGACAUUGUCAAUGGCAGUUUAUGUGACAAACGGAAAUUAUUUUUGGACAAAUUAUUCAGUCCCGACGGUCCGUUUUAUCCGAUAUCCAUUAUACCGGGGUCCAUUUUAUCGAGGUUCCAUUGUAUUGUCGUGGAGUUUGUAUUUAUUCAAAUCAUGUUUAUAGUGCUUAACUGUUUCAGUUGGUUGUUAACCUUUUUAACAUCCCAUAUUUUUGUAUGUAGCAUUUAUCACACUUGUGGAUACCUGAGCUGAUGACCCUCUUCUUCAAGUGUGUGGUCAUCAGUUAUUUUUCCACAUUUAGUAUCAUAAGGAAUAAGGAACUUGUUUAGUGAUGUAUAUAAUAUAUGGAAGCACUUCUAUUCUCACAGUGCCUGCAAAGCCUUUUAUUCUGUAGUCCUGUGUCCAGAUGCUGCCAAUGGACGGAAUAAACAGAAUCACCCUGUUGA